AUUUUUGUUGUGGCGCGAUCGAAUUUGCUUGGAAUUCGGGAGUCAGCAUAAUAUUUUCGAAAGUCUUUUUGGAUACCACCAGCUAUAGCGAAAAGUAGGCGAGCUCUGUUAUAGCUUGUCGAUGUAUUGUGUUCGUAACUUCUGUUUGCAUAUGUUAGCAGUCGCGCAUUUUCAACAAAGAGCAAGCAUAGGGAUGAAAUAAAAGAGGGGAAGGACGAAAGCAAAGAUAGCAAACCGAUAACAGUUACUCAGAACACACGCACAGCUGACCGAGAACCUGGCCUAACGGUAAAGUGAUUGUGUCGUACAACAAGGGAAACUUGACAGCGAAACGGAAUCGAAAGUCGCCUAAAAUCGCGGAGCAGAUUUUGGUGCUACUCUCAUACAAAAUGUUCCAAGUCCUGCCCCGUCCGUCAAGGUCCACGUUCCACUGCAUAGCGGCAUCCGUGGUCACAGUCGUCCUAAUGGCAUGGGCCCGACCGCUGGGCGUGCUAUUCCUGGGACUACUUGGCUACUGGAUCUACUGGACGCGCUGCAGCUUCCGCGUUGUGCCUACGGACGAGCUGCGCGGCAAGAUCAACACCUGGCGGCAGAGGAUCGACGACUGGCGCCACAGCAGUCCCAGCAUGUUCUGCUUGGCCAGCAGCAGUUGCUUGGGCACCCUCGCAGUGCUCGGUCACCUUAUCUCCGGAUCCAUGCUGGUACUGACCAUCCUGGUCGUCUCCGCACUAGUCUCCACCAAGUACACCUUCAAGCUGCUGAAGAUCGAGCACAGGGACUUUCAGUGGUCGGAGAAGCUGAACUACAACAACUUGGAAGCCGAGGCAGAGGAUGAGUUCCUGCCGGAUGUGAACGAGUCGAAUCUGUUUGUGCUGGAGCGGGCCAGCGAUGUGGCCACCAUCAGUUCGCCCACCGAUGCGAAUGACGAGGACGAUGACGAGCGCAGCGACGAUAUACCGGAGGAGCUCCUCAUUCCGGAUGCAAUACCCGAGAUUGACGAGCAUUCCACAGACGAAGACGAUGAACUAGCUCCGCUGGCGCCCAAGAGGCAGGAGAAGUCGCAGCCACGGGAGCAGCUGGCCAAAGAGAGCGAAGAUAUGAACUUCCGAAAAGGUCACUUCAAGCGUGACUCAUCGCUGUCCACCACCUCCUCCUCGUCGGAGGAAAGCCUGUCAAAGGGGCUGCAGUUCCCCGAUCACAACACCGUAGAUGCCGCUGGUAACCCUCAGUUGCGUCAGAUUACCGCUGGCACGGAUCCCGCCGGCGAGCUUGUGGCCCUCGCCGUGAAAACGCAGGCUCUGGCGCUCCUGGCGAACAGCGGGAAGCUGCUGCCCAGCCUUGUUUCCGGCCUGGUGCACUGGGGAGCGGGUGGUGCUGCUGCAGUCGGUACCAGCGAUGGCACGGAUGCAAGUCGAGAUCGUGAGCAGCAGCGUAUUGUCACCGCCCUGGAUUCGUCGGACGAGAGCGAUUUUGAGAUACUCGAAUCGGAUGACUUUAAGUAAAGAUUGGAUCAAUCGGCGAUCGGCUCGAUUUGUCGUAUUAUAAAGCUAAUAUCUUAACAUACAUAUGCAUACACAAAUAGAACUCAACAAAUCGACAGACAGACGGCGCCAACGAUUGGAAUAGUUAUAUUUUCCCUGGUAGAGAUCAGUUAUAUAUUUUGCUACACACUAGUGCUAUAUAUACUAAACUAAUCAUCCUAAAGUUAAGCCAAAAGUUUUCCCCAUUUUUGUUUUUCUGCCUCUUGCUUUGUACAUUUUUUUGUUUUAUAACCCUAUGCUUAUUACUAUUUUACUUUAUGACUUUAGUUUGUAUUUGUCCUGUGUGUGUUUAUCUACUGACCUCAAACAAAAGAAACAACGAGCGACGGCACGCAACUUGUACAUAUACCACAGAUCCACUUACACUUACCUAUAUGUAUGGGUUUAUUUUGAUGUCGCUGUGAGGGCGUUAGCUACUUAUGAAUCCAAAUCAAAAGAUUGAGGCAGCAGUUAAAAAACCAAAAAGGUGCAAAUAAAAAACGCAGACGAAACCAUGAAGAGAUUUGGUUCGGCGCUGUCUGAAAACGUA